AUGGCCAUGGCCGUGACCACUCCGUGGCGUAGAUCUAUCAUUCAACAAUUGCAAGCUCGCAAUAAGCGCGAGCAACUACCAUUUGAGCCUGUGAUUGUUACGUGUAAUAGUCUUAUUGAAAAGAUCGACUCCCUCCAACGCGAAAAGUUGCUUCUUGAAAACAACCCAACUUCAUCGUCACAUUCGGCCAAUGUUUCUGCGGAUAAGCUCGCUCAACUUCAAAAUGAAAUAAAGGAACUAAAGAAGGAUGCAGCACAAAGUGAGACAGUCAACAGUGAACUUAAAUUGCAACUUCAAAGUGCUCUUAAAGAAAAUGCUGAGCUAAAAACAAAGUACCAUGAUGCGAUGGUAAACCUUGAGGCAACUCAAAGCAAGUGCAAUUCUCUUCAGGAAACCUGCAAAGAACUUGAGUCUCAAGUGAACUUGAUCAACGACGAACACACCUCCACACAGCUUGCCUACAAUAGUCUUAAAGACAAAUACGACACACUCAAUACGACCUACAAUUCACUGAUUACCCGGUGGAUUCAGUUAAAGGCAAAAGAUGCUGAUGCGCUAAAUGAGGAAAAUGAAAAGUUUACCAAAAUUCAAAAUGAAAAGAUGAGCAAACAGCUUCAAGAAGCAGCCAAUUCGAUGAUUGUCAAGGAAGAGACGAUCAAUGAAAUGAAUGCCAUUAAUGAAGAUGACAUUUGCAACCCUCUACUUAUUGACGCCAUUUUACCGAGCAAAGUCGCAUUUUCUUUUGAAGGCCACGAUUCAGAGAUAUAUGCUAUAAAGUGGAACAGCAAAACUGAGCAGUUGACAACCGGAGGGGGCGACCGAAAGAGUUUCUCGCCGCCUCAUCAAAUGACUAUGCGAGUCGAGUGUGGACAAUGA